UCGUUCCCUUUUCAAAUCAUUUGAUGAUAAAAAAAAAAUCGUCAGGGUGUGAAUUAGUCAUCGGUUCUACUGGAAUUAUAACGAGAUCAUAAUACGAUACAUAAUGAUGUAUAUACUGUGAUAUAUAAUGUACUAUGCGGUGUCCAUUGCGUGGAAAUUCCAACAAUGUCGCAGGUCAGACCGUCUGUGGAAAAUUUUGAAAAUAAUGAUAUUCAAACGAAACCUGUGAAUGAAUCGAAUCCAGUGGAGCCGAUCAGACUCGAGAUUAAAUCGGCAAUAAUUGUCAUUGGAUUUAUACCGAAUAAUUCCAAAAGUUUUUCGUUCAAUUUAACAUGUCGAUCGACUGGAAAUAUUGCUCUGCACUUUAAUCCACGAUUGGACCGGGGAUAUUGUGUGAGGAAUACAAAAAUCAAGGGAUCCUGGGACUCCGAGGAGACGUGCUCCAGAGUCGGAGGAAUAAAUCCACUUUUUCCAAGAAAUUCCUACUUUCAUCUCCUGAUUUUCUGCGGCUCGAGAGAAUUUCAGAUUGCUGUCAAUGGAGAACACUUCUGCGAAUUUCCAUAUCGAUUGUCCCUCGAAUCGAUCACGAAUUUCGAGUACGUGGGAGACGUCGAGGACGUGAGAAUUCGAUUAACAAAAUUGAAUAUUUAUCCAGAUCCGAAGAUUAUUAAGCCCCGCCGAUACCUUGAACUCUCCCCAGAGAAGCCUCUCGCUUUUAAUCUCGAAGUUCCCUGUACGAUUUCCCUAUCCCAACCCCUCGCAUUCGGCACUAAAAUAUUCAUAAAAGGACGUCUGAAACUCUUACCCCAUUCCUUCUACGUGAAUCUCCAGAGAAGUCAAUUAUACUACCCCCAUCCGGAUAUCGCACUGCAUUUAAAUCCUAGAUUUUUAUUCGGAAAUCAUCCGUCCUGUGUCGUGAUGAAUUGCUGGACCAACGGUGCCUGGAGUGCUGAGGAAAGACACGAGGGACAAUUGUCCUGGGGUCCAGGACGUGAUUUCCUCUUGACAAUUCGAUGUGAGUAUGAAGGGUACAAUAUCUGGCUGGACAACAAGAUAAUCGGAAUCUUCCAG